AUGAAAUUCAGUACGACUGUUUUUGCGAGUCGUUUUGGUUACUGUUAUUUUUUUGUGCCAAGAGGUCACGAUAUCAUGCUUGCUUAUAAGCAGUACCAGAAAAAAGCUUCAACAGCUCUGGCAGCCAGUGAAAGCAACUUCCGAAAAUGCAACUCGGAUUCAUUUGUCAUUGCGCCUUCACCUGUCCUUGAGGCUAUGUAUCAGGCAAAUGUUGUCGCAUUGAGUCCAUUCACCGAGGGCGCGUAUGAUUUUGCCAAAUAUAACGCAAAAAUGCGAAAGGUUGACCCUGUGAAAUAUUCUGGUUACGGAUGUACUCUAGAAAACAAUGAUUACGAACCGAAUUGGACUUUGGCACAUUGCUAUAAUGGUAUAUUAGAUAUCGGAGUGGUUCUUCAACUAUCCAUUUACUUGACUAGUGCCUCAUUGUCUGUUGGUCAACUUGCUGAUGAUCUUGACGAUCGUUUCAUCUCCUGUAGCGUUUUCCAGCUCUUUCAUUUUCAAGCAUUUGGUAGUUUUGCGGUUCCGGAAUGUAACUUUUGUUUGUUAUGGAUUAUUUCGUUUCAAGCGACACCAUUCCUAGGCCAUGAUGAGAUUUUUUUAUGUUUGCGGCGAAUGUGGACAUAUCUACUGGGAUGGCUGUCAUAUUAG